CUAGGGAUGGGGUUCCCGUCGAGCUGCUGCCGGAGACACACAGCACGGGCGGGCGAUGCUGCUCUUGCCUGGUGCCGCCCUUCUCCCCGCCCAGCCGAGCGCAAACCUGUCAGAUGGCUCUACUGCAAUCAAGAUGGCGGCGGGGCCGGAGAGCGGGUAGGCGGAGGCGGCGGCUCCAUUCCCCAGUCCCGACGGGGGGAUGAGACCUGCGCCCAGUCUCUUCUGCUUUCCUUGAGGCGCUAAGGAGCAAACUGCGACCCGUCGGUCAUGGCGGGCAUUAUCAAAAAGCAGAUUCUGAAGCACCUUUCCAGGUUCACCAAAAACCUGUCCCCUGACAAAAUCAACCUGAGCACACUAAAGGGUGAAGGUCAGCUAACCAAUUUAGAGCUUGAUGAAGAAGUGCUUCAGAAUAUGCUAGAUCUUCCCACCUGGCUUGCCAUCAACAAAGUCUUUUGUAAUAAAGCAUCUAUUAGGAUACCAUGGACAAAACUGAAAACACAUCCAAUCUGUCUAUCACUGGAUAAAGUAAUAAUGGAAAUGAGUACAUGUGAAGAACCACGUGCCCCUAAUGGACCAUCACCUAUAGCAACUGCAUCAGGGCAAAGUGGCUAUGGUUUUGCUGAAAAAGUUGUAGAAGGGAUUUCUGUUUCUGUAAAUUCCAUUAUAAUCCGAAUUGGUGCAAAAGCGUUCAACGCUUCAUUUGAGCUUUCUCAGCUGAGGAUAUAUAGUGUAAAUGCAAACUGGGAAUAUGGUGAUCUUAGGUUUACUCGAUUACAAGAGUCUCAGCGUGGUGAGGUAUUGACAUUUAAAGAAAUCACCUGGCAGAUGAUAAGAAUAGAAGCAGAUGCAAUCCAAAGCUCUCAGCAUGAAAUCAUGAGUGCUCCAGUUCGCCUGAUUACUAACCAGUCCAAAAUCAGGGUCACACUUAAAAGAAGGUUAAAGGAUUGCAAUGUGGUAGCAUCAAAGCUGAUUCUCAUAUUGGAUGACUUGCUGUGGGUUUUGACUGAUUCCCAGUUAAAAGCUAUGGUACAAUAUGCUAAAUCUCUUAGUGAAGCAAUAGAAAAAUCAGCAGAACAAAGAAAAAGCCUGCCUUCUGAACACACACAGAGUUCUACUCCUGCACCCAGUUCUCAGCAGGUGAAAACACAACAGGCCUCGGCAGCCACUGAUCAAAAUGAUGCACUUGUGAAACUAUUCAAUGAUUUUGAUGUUAAGGAAACUUCUUAUCAUCUUGCAAUUUCCCAUUUGGAUCUGCAUAUAUGUGAUGAUAUUCACACUAAGGAAAAGGAUGCAAACAGGCGUGUUUCAGGAGGUGCUAUGCAGCUGUCCUUUAGUCAGUUAACUGUUGACUAUUACCCUUUCCACAAAGCAGAUGAUAGUUGCAGCCAUUGGAUGCAUUAUAGUGAUGCUACUAAAGCCAGAAGUGGAUGGACAGAAGAAUUACUGCAAGAGUUCAAAAGCAAUGUUGAACUGCUUAAGCAGGCUGUGAAGGAUCACAGUGUAGAUUCUCCCACUAAAUCUCCACCUAUGGGGUCUCCACAGCACAUGCAAAUAGGCAAAGAACAGGUACCUGUUGGAAUCUCUGUUUCCUCUGUUUCAUCUCAGCAACCAAAGGAUAAACUGAUGUCCAGCCCUGUGGUGGUUAGACUUGCUGAUGUUAAUAUUUAUCAGGUCUCUACUGCAGACCAGUGUCGUCGUUCUCCUAAAACUCUUCUUUCUUGCAAUAAGAAGUCUCUAUACCUCCCACCAGAAAUGCCAGCCAUUCAUAUUGAAUUCACGGAAUACUACUAUCCAGACGGAAAAGAUUUUCCCAUUCCAAGUCCAAACCUUUAUACGCAGCUAAAUGCUCUGCAGUUCACUCUAGAUGAGAGGAGUAUUCUUUGGCUAAACCAAUUUGUGCUAGACCUGAAACAGAGCCUCACUCAGUUCAUGGCCAUGUACAAAUUAAAUGACAAUUCAAAGUCAGAAGAACAUGUUGAUGUUCGAGUUGAUGGCUUGAUGAUAAAGUUCAUCAUUCCUUCAGAAAGAAAACAAAACCAUAGGGAUGAUCCAUGUGAAAUUUCUAUUCAGAGUUCUGAAAUGAUUGCUACAAAUACUAGGCAUUCACCAAACUGUAGACACUCUGAUUUGGAAGCAGUGUUUCAAAACUUCAAAGACUCUGAAUUUUUCAGUAGAACUUUCACAGACUUUCCAAAAUCCCCAGAUUGUUUCAAUCUUCUGCAUCCAAUCUUCCAGCGACAUGCUCAUGAACAAGAUACAAAGAUGCAUGAUGUCUAUAAAGGACUUAUCACUCCCAAACUUAAUAAAUGUGCACUUAAAACAUCUGCUGCUUCUGAUGUCUGGGCAGUGCAUUUUUCCCAAUUUUGGAUAGACUAUGAAGGAAUGAAGAGUGGGAAAGGUCGGCCAAUAAGUUUUGUGGACUCGUUCCCACUUACACUGUGGAUUUGCCAGCCCAUAAAAUUUGAACAGUCACACAAAAAGCCUUCUUUUUAUAAUCAGAAGACUCUUAACAUUCCAAAAAGUGACUCUAGUGACCUUGCUAGUCGUCUGCAGCGCAAAAAGCUUCUGAAAGAGUAUUACAGCACUGAGACUGAAGCCUUGACCAAUGGGAUUGAAGACACAUGCUCUCUCAAUCCUGUUUUGGGAACUCAGUCUGCACAGUCUGUAUCUGAUGCGGAUAUUCACAUUCUUGUUCACAUUCAAAAACAUGUGAGCAUGCAAAUCAAUCAUUACCAGUAUCUUUUCCUACUCUACCUCCAAGAAUCCCUUGUGUUGCUCCUCGAUACCCUGAGGAAGGAUGUAGAGACUAUGACAGGGAAACCUGCAAAACAGGCAGAUGUCUGCAUUGGGAUCUUACUGAAAACUGCAGACAUAGCUCUAUUGCUUCAUCCACUCACGCAAGGAAGCACUUGCAAGUCUCCUGUUCUAGAAGAAGGAAGUCCAGUGGCAUCAGAUCUCUCACCCAUGGAAAAUGAAGAAACUUUUGGAUCAGAAAGCAAGCUAGUUCCUGCUCAUACUACACAGAUGAGCAAUUCAGAUAUUACUGUGGUAGCUGACUGUAGGUCUGUGAGUAUGGAUUAUUGCAAAGCUGUACCAAUGGAACCACUUUUCAAAUCAGAUAGUGAUAUGGAUUUGCGAAGGGGAAGUUCUUUUUCAGAUGAUGCUUCAGAAAAACUUUUGGGGAAAAUAAAUGAAGAAAAUAGUAGUGGACUCUUCAGUCAAAGUGAUUCAGAAGAAAUCUGUGAGUCACUAAGUGACAAGAGUAAUACAUUUAGCAAGGAUUUGGUUAAUGUUUUAGGUUGCAGAGAAGAUUCUGUUGAGACACUGAUGGACAAGGAAGAUGACAAAAGUGUUUUUUCAAAUAAGGAAAGUGGAGCAGGAGGCUCACCUCUUAAAGUUACAGAGUUAGAUGCUGAUGCUGUGUGGCAGUCGCAAGAACUUGAAAAUGAUAAAGAAAAAUUAGCCACAGCCAAAAUGCUGGUUUUUCAGUCUACAUCAAGUGGAAAGCCUAAGGAACCCUGCCAGUCCAAUCUCCCUGCAUUCUCUGUUUCUUAUAAGAACAUGAAGAAAAGUCCAUCACAAGUCUCCUUGGAUACCAUUUCUACUGAUAGCAUGUUGUUGGAGGAACACUAUUUGGAGAGUGAUGGAAGUGAAAGCCACAGCUUUUUGGAGAAAGCUAUCUUGUCAAGUAAACCAGUGGAAUAUAUUGCUGAUGAAAGCACAGUGAAUGAGAAUUAUGGUGGAUCAUCUCCAGAUGUCCUCAGUGCAGCGUCAGAGAAUGUUCAGGAUGCUAAUGAAGAAAUGAUGUCUGUUGUAGUUUUUAAAAUAUUUGGUGUUAAUGCGGAAGUUGACAUCAGAGGUGAUGACACUGAAGUAUGUCUUCAGGUAAAUCAAGUUGUACCAAGUCAGUUGGGUAAUAUCAGUGUUCGCCAUUACCUUUGCAACCGAACAGCUGGUUCAGAUCCUAAAACUGUGAUUGGGCCGGUUAAAUCAACUCCCGAAAUUAAACUGAGAUGGGAAAAUGGACCUAGUGCAAUAAUACAUUCAUUGCUGUCUGAAAAAAAUGGGUUUCUACAAUGUCAUGUGGAAGAUCUGACUGCCAGUUUUCUAACUUCUUCACUUAUGAACAUUCAACGUUUCUUGGAAGAUGAAAUAGUUACAGAAGUAAUGCCUAUGAAAAUAAAAAUUUCUAAUACAAGGAUCAAGUUAAAAGAUGACAGCCCACGUGAUAGUCUAACUGCUCCUGAACCAGUCCCAGUAACACUGCAUAUUGACCUACUUAAUGUAGAGAGGAAAGAUGAUGGUUCAUUUUGCAUCAGAGAUAAUCGAACAUUUAGCAAUGAUAUCCCAAAGAUGAAGACAAGUUACAACAAAGGUGAUCAGGAUGAUGAAACAGGCACAUGCAAAAAAAAGAAUUACCUAUCCCAAGCCACACAAACAUCUCCAGAAAUUAAUAGAUCUCCUAAAGAUUUUAAGACUGAGUUAGUCAAAGCACAGCUUAUUGAAGAAAAUGAAUUUCUUAAACAGGAAUUAGCCAAAACUAAGAUGGCUCUUGCUGAAGCUCAUCUGGAAAAAGACACCCUGCUUCACAGUAUAAAAAGGAUGGAUAUUGAAAAUAAACGGUAGCAGACUCUGGAACAAGAAGGGAUGUAUUUUAGACUUAUUUUUUUGGAACCCGAGCUCAGAACAAAAUUUCUGUGGAAUAUGCCUUCUGUGAAUUCAAAGAAUUAGAAUGUGUGUUUUUCAUGCAGGGACAAUUUCUAUAAUACACUACUAAUUUGUUUAAUAGGUUGUGGCAUGACUAAAAUGUACCAUGUGUCAUUAAUAGGUUAUCUUCACAUGCGAAGAUAAAUUUAUUUUACUGGUAGAAGAAAAAUACUAUUCAAGAGAGAUUAAAUUUGCACUAUAAAUGUAUAGUUGGUCAUAAAAUGGUCCAUUAUAGUUACUAAAGCAUGAUGUAGUGAUGCAGAGACUGGUUUUAACAAACAGCAGAAGUUGCUUAAGUACCCUCCAUUAUGCCCAGUUCUCAAAAGGUGUUAAUGCUGUGAAACUACUCAAAAUAUCGCAUGGGAAAGGUUUGAAUAUAGAAAAUGGGAACACCCUCUACUUCUGCAGGACCAUGCUGACACUUGGUUUCUUUGUAUCCACUUCCUGUGCCCAUUGCACUUUCAGAACAUUGAAACAGCUCAGUCAGCUGGGCCUAGGCUUUUUCAUUGGUUUCUAGGAAAAGAGUAAUUAAAUCAAGGUUCUUUUUCAAUGAUGAACAUUCAUCAUAGGCACACUCCUUAGUUUGAUUUAGUGAAACUUGGCCACUCCUAAUCUGGUACCAGUGAAAUUUCAAUCUUUAACAGUUUGUAAAAAGUGUAAUCCAGCUGUAUAUUAAUGUGCUUGGAAAGAAAAGUUAAAUAAUUAUUGCUUGUGAAAUUUCAUCAAAUGUAAAACUACAUUUUAAAUCAUGGGUUACCUGUAAAAAAUUAAAUUCUAAUUUUCAGCUGAAAAUGGUUACUAAUGUAAAAAUAAAAAGCACAGACUUGUGCAAGAGUUCUAAGAAGUUCUUAAAACAAACAAAAACACAUGUGGUAUGAAAAUUCACUUUGAAGUAUUUAUCUGAAUAAUUUAGAUAAAGACCUUCCUGGGUCAUUUAGUUGAAAACAUUUUUAAUUGGUAUUAUACUUGUUGUGCCUAAACUGUACAAUAUUUUAGGGAACAGGGGAUUAUCUUUUUUUAAAGGUUCAAAUAAGAGUCCACAUCCUUUUGUUUAGGGUUUAAUUGUAUGGCACACUGAAGAACUGGGUUGAAUUGAACUGAUUUUCAUUAAAGCUUUCUCUGACAAAACUUGCACUCCCUUAAUUAAAAAAUGAAGAAUUCCGUUGAACUCAUGUCAAAAAGAAGAUUAAAUCAAAAUGUCUUAGAUUGUUGUCAGUGACCCAUCUAUUUCAUGACCAUCACAAUACGGAAGACUUUCUUAGUUCUAACUAGUGAUGGGUGGGGAAUUCAAUAGGCCUCCCAGGUUCCAGUUUGUCAACCCUGUGCUGGCACUAACUUGCCAUGUUGCAAACUGAGCAAACUCGUAUACCUUCAUUUCUAAGACAGACUGACGUUUGCAUUUUUUGGGCUGCUAGGUAAUUUUGUGCAAAUAAGCACAAAAGCAUAAAAUCACAAAGGUCUAGCUACAUAGUUUAGGGUGAUUAUGCAACUAUUUAAGAGGUCACAGUCUGCAGUAAAAAUAACCUUGACUUGGCUUGUACCUGGACAAUCGACCAUUGAACUCGAAAGAGCUAGAUUUCCUGGUUUUGGUACAUUCUUAAGGGCAGCCUUCCCAAUCUACAACAUAUACUGGGGUCAUAUGGAAUUGUAGUCCAACACAUCUGAAAGGCUUGAAGUUGAGGAAGUCUGGGAAAUUUUGUGUAGUGUUGCCAUCUGAAGGAAAACUGAAUUUAACAUUAAAGCGAAGAAUUGUUAUGCUAAAUUAUAGCUCUGGUCACUGAUUAAAUGGAAAGUUCCUGUUCUUAAAGUUAUAUAUCUUUAAUAAAGUUCUCAGAUUUUCCAA